ACGUGGCAGGUUGGAUGAUGAACUAAAGUGUCUUCAUUUUUGUGCCCGAUUCUCCGUCUCGUGUCUGCUCCAAGAGCUCUCGAGUUAAUAAAAAGGUUGCCAUUUCAUUAGGCUAUGGCAACAGUUUUACCUAACUUCAACAACACUAUAGCUUGAGACCAAAUAAACUUUUAAAAUACGUUUCAAAUCAAGUCCAUAUCGAGGUAUUUGUUAAGUUGACGUGUAAAGUUCAAACCAUCUAGACGGCAUCUUGCUGAUCUGAACUAAAAAGUAGCAUUUUCCUCAAUUACCCCGGUAAAAUGUCAAUGGCCAUUGUUGGAUCGUUUGGCUCGUUGCUCCGCCCCUUGUGUUUGUCGUAAACCUGGCGCCUGGCUAGAGUAAACACAAGAUAAGAGCGUCCAAGGCUCCCCUCCUUCUCCAAGGCUAUCAAUUGGAUAUCUCAGACGGACCCACAAGUACUCUAUUACGUAGGUGUCCUGUGAGCAGUGAGGGGACAACAGCACCACAGUCGGGCUUGUUCCGCGUUCAGCCAUAUUCACCUGCGGGCUAAACCAUGUCCUUGAGCCCAAAGCACUCAACUCCUUUCUCAGUGACAGAUAUUUUAAGCCCGAUCGAGGAGACCUACAGAAAGUUUGGAGGAAUGGACUGUACAGGGAGCCUCGCGUCUCCGCUGGGAGCAUAUCGACAGACUUCGGUGUCUCAACCGGGACUGCAGCAACACUCCAUGGGCCAUAACACCGGGGUGGCGAGCGCUUAUCACAUGCCACACAGCGUCUCCCAAUUUUCCAGCGCCAUGGGUGGAUACUGCAACGGCAGCAUCGGUAAUAUGGGAGACCUCCCGUCGUACCAAGACACCAUGAGGAACGGCGCAGCAGCAACUGCAUGGUAUAGCGCAAACCCCGAACCCCGCUAUCCAACAAUUUCUAGAUUCAUGGGGGCUUCCAAUGGGAUGAACAUGACCGGGAUGGGAACGCUUGCUGGGAUGGACGCCACCAAGUCCAUGGUGACCCUACACUCAGCGCCCAGGAGAAAACGAAGGGUGCUCUUCUCACAGGCCCAGGUGUACGAGCUGGAGAGGCGGUUUAAGCAGCAGAAAUACCUGUCAGCACCCGAGAGGGAACACCUAGCGAGCAUGAUCCACCUGUCACCGACACAGGUCAAGAUUUGGUUCCAGAACCACCGGUACAAAAUGAAACGCCAGGCGAAGGACAAAGCCACACUGCAGAUUCAACAGGAGAAUGGCAAUGUGUGCCCACAGCAGUCACCUAGGCGUGUUGCAGUCCCGGUUCUCGUGAAGGAUGGCAAGCCCAGUCAGAACGGAUCCAGCACACCGACGUCUGGGCAUCAGCAGGUGCAGCAGCAGAACGUCUCUAGUGGAGCGAUGACAGCUUCGGGCAGUGCGGUGGUCAAUCACCAUCAGAAUCAGCUGGUGCAUCAUCCAUUAUCCACUGCUGAAGAACUGGAGGAAAUGUCCCCCAGUCCCCCUAUUUUACACAGCCAGAUUAACAUGGCUCAGACAGAAGCGGCUCUCCUCGAGUACACCAAUAACAUGGUCAGUUCAAACCUGCUUUAUGGCAGAACUUGGUAGAAGGAAGAAAUGUACAUUUGAAUUCGGGAGACAAUAACGUCAAGUGGAUUUUAAGCCGGAAAGACAUUGGUCGUUGAUGACAUUGAGGACAACAGAAGCACCAGAAUUUCUUGACAUUUUAGAGGUGCAUGGUGCACCUAUUAUCAAUUAAAAGUCGGCCGUGUGUGUAUACUUUUGAUCAAGAGUAUUUGAUAAAAAUGAGACUCCCAAGCACUCCGUAACGGUAUUAUUCGGGUGUAAAAGGGAGUGGAGUUAUUUGUUGCGAUUCAAUUCUUUAAGGACACGAGGGUAUCAGUCCGAAGUAUUGUAAUAUUUCGAUGAAUGAACCUUAACUGUAUAUAGCUAACAAAAAUAUUUCAUGUGACUAUGAUUUUUGUUUUUAAACGAAAUAUUUGUUUAAAAAUUGUUUUGGUAAAUUACAAAAUGUGAUUGCUGCUGCAUAGCGUAAAUAUAUACAAAUCACAUUCCUGUUAAACUUUAACAAUAUAUCGCUUAGCAUGUAAGCAUUACUGCUUAUUUAUGUUGAUAGAAUAAUUAUGAGGCACAUUGACUGGAAUGCAUCGAAUUUCACAGGUAUAGCCCAAUGAUUUCAAACAGAUCUAAUGUAAUUUAAUUAUUCAAAUGAUAUUGUACUUUACAUUAUAGCAAUGUUACAAUUUGUGUUGUUUAUUUCUUAUUACCACCACACAAUUAUUGAAAGAAAACAGAUUCAAUAAAUGUAAAUUCCAAUAUUUUCUGCCAUGACAAGCCAUCAUGGUUAAGUGGAGAUAAACAUUUAAGCACCUAGUCUAUACAGCAUGAUAAAGUCCUAAAACGCAAGACUACUUGCAGGAGAUUAAAUUGGACCUGUUAGGCUACUGUUUGGGCGAAAAAGGUAUAUUAUCAGGUGAUGAAAGGUUAGAAUUUCCAAGCAACUGUAACUACACUCAAUUGUUUCAGAUUGUCAUUUCCAAUAAAUAUUCUUUUUUUUGUUA